AUGAAAGGCUACGGUGUGGCACCAGCGACGUCGCAGCAGUUGCCAGAACGAGCAUUCAACCAAACGACGAAGCAUCCGACCGACCGACGCAACACCCGACCGACCGACGCAGCAUCCGACCGACCGACACAGCAUCCGACUGACCGACGAAGCAUCCGACCGACCGACGCAACACCCGACCGACCGACGCAGCAUCCGACCGACCGACGCAGCAUCCGACCGACCGACGAAGCAUCCGACCGACCGACGCAGCAUCCGACCGACCAACGAAGCAUCCGACCGACCGACGCAGCAUCCGACCGACCGACGAAGCAUCCGACCGACCGACGCAGCAUCCGACCGACCGACGCAACACCCGACCGACCAACGCAGCAUCCGACCGACCGACGCAGCAUCCGACCGACCGACGAAGCAUCCGACCGACCGACGCAACACCCGACCGACCACCGCAGCAUCCGACUGACCGACGAAGCAUCCGACCGACCGACGCAACACCCGACCGACCGACGCAGCAUCCGACCGACCGACGAAGCAUCCGACCGACCGACGCAACACCCGACCGACCAACGCAGCAUCCGACUGACCGACGAAGCAUCCGACCGACCGACGCAACACCCGACCGACCGACGAAGCAUCCGACCGACCGACGCAGCAUCCGACCGACCGACGCAGCAUCCGACCGACCGACGCAACACCCGACCGACCGACGCAGCAUCCGACCGAGCGACGCAGCAUCCGACCGACCGACGCAGCACCCGACUGAGCGACGAAGCAUCCGACCGACCGACGCAGCAUCCGACCGACCGACGAAGCAUCCGACCGACCGACGAAGCAUCCGACCGACCGACGCAACACCCGACCGACCAACGCAGCAUCCGACCGACCGACGCAACACCCGACCGACCGACGAAGCAUCCGACCGACCGACGCAACACCCGACCGACCGACGCAGCAUCCGACCGACCGACGAAGCAUCCGACCGACCGACGCAGCAUCCGACCGAGCGACGAAGCAUCCGACCGACUGACGAAGCAUCCGACCGACCGACGCAGCAUCCGACCGACCGACGCAACACCCGACCGACCGACGAAGCAUCCGACCGACCGACGAAGCAUCCGACCGACCGACGCAGCAUCUGACCGACCGACGCAGCAUCCCACCGACCGACGCAGCAUCCGACCGACCAACGCAGCAUCCGACCGACCGACGCAACAUCCGACCGAGCGACGCAGCCGCCCGACGCGGCCGGCGUGGGACCGGGCGGCCCGCGGGUGGAGCCUGAGAUGA